AUGUCACGCCCGUUACCUGAUCUUUUUGGCUCGGAAAAAAAUAUAUUCAUCAAUAAACCUCCCCAAGGAUGGUUGCAUUCAGAUCAAGUAAUAUUGAAAAAAGGCAUAACAUACGCUGUACGAUACAUUGGCUGUUUAGAAGUAAAUACUUCCAUGAAAAGUUUGGAUUUCGCUACUAGAUCUCAAGUAGCUAAAGAAUGCAUCAAUAAAGUAUGUGAAGUAGCUGGAUUGAAAACAGUUGAUAAAAAGAGAAAAAUAGAAAAAGCAGUUCAAAGAUGUAUCGGAGAUAAACCAAUUAUGGACCAUGCUGGAGCGAAUGUAAAUUUAACAGUUUGUAGUUCAUCUCUUAUUCUGACAGCUCAUGAUUCUGGUAAGGUUAUUGCAGGGCAUGAAAUGCCUAGAAUUUCAUUUGCUUCUGGUGGUGACACAGAUACAUUAGACUUUGUUGGCUAUGUAGCCAAAGACUUAGAAGAUUGGAGAGCAUGUUAUGUUUUAGAAUGUGGAGGUGGGUUAGCUCAAGAUGUAAUUGCAACCAUAGCACAAGCAUUUGAUCUUAGAUUAAAACAGUUUUUGUCAACUACUGGGCCACAAAAUGAAGUAACUACAAGAGCAGAUGAUGGAGAAUAUUAUAAUGAUCUGCCUGGAAAAAUUCCUCCAGACGUAGGUCCACCUCCAGUUCCUCCACUUCCAGCACCCCAUCAUCAUCAUACAGUAAUUAAUGUGCCAGCUUCUGAGUCUUCAGGUUUUUCUCAUCAAAAUUUAAAAGACAAUGGAACAAAUUUAAUAGAUUUACAUUCUGAUGCUCCAAUUGCGACAGAACUAGAAUAUGUCAAUGUUAUUCCUGUAUCAUCUCACAGUAAUCAGACGACACAAAGUAAUGAUGUAUUUGAUUUAAGACAUCUGGGCUCAACAUUAAGCAAUAAGCAAUCACAAGUUAUUCAAAGAAACCAAUUGGAACAGGAAAUAUGGUUUCACGGUUUUAUAAAUAGGCAAGAAGCGGAAUCAUUGCUUAAAAAGGAUGGAGAAUUUUUAGUUAGAGAAUCACAAGGCUCUCCCGGACAGUAUGUUUUAACAGGCAUGCAAGGAGGAUUGAAAAAACAUUUGUUGUUGAUAGAUCCUGAAGGAGUAGUGCGUACAAAAGACAAAAUGUUCGAAAGCGUCAAUCAUCUUAUUAAUUAUCAUGUGGAAAAUCAAUUGCCUAUUAUUUCAGCUGAAAGUGCAUUAGUUUUAAGGCAUCCAGUUCGAAAAGCGAGCCAUUAA